AUGCCGGCUCCAGAUGAUUCUGAAGCUCCUCCGAUGGCAAACUCCCACUUCCAAGAUUAUGCAGCUAUCUAUGAGAAGUUCGCUGGAUCUACCUCAUCAAAGCUCGCAGCCGCCGCUCUCACCCGCCUGCCGUUAUCCAAAUACACCGCUGAUUCCCAUAUCCUUGACUCAGCAUGUGGUCCUGGGAUCGUAACGAAGCUCUUCUUAGCUCCGACGCCUUCUUAUAUAUCUACAACUGCCCUUCCUCUGAGCUCCGCGCCUCGGGUCACUGGAAUUGAUGUCGCCGCAGGUAUGGUCUCGCAGUAUCUGAAACAGAUGGACGCCAUGGGUCUUAGCACUGCCACCGCAUUUGUGCACGAUGCUGUUGAUUUGAGUUGCUUCCAAGACGCUGAGUUCGAUGCCGUAGUCAUGAACCUCGGCAUAUUCACUUUGUCGGAUCCAAUUCAUGGCGCCAGAGAGAUGAACAGAGUGCUUAAGCCUGGGGGCCAUAUUGUCGUGACCACUUGGAAAUAUGCACGGGCGCAGACUCUGUUGCAACAGGUAGUUGCUGCUAUUAGACCAGAACAGCAAAACCAAGCCUUACCAGUACACUCAGAAUGGAAAAGUAAGGAGAAGAUCAUCAGCGUUUUGAAGGAAGGAGGUUUUGAGGAAGACAGAAUGGAGAUCUGGGCAGAAGAUGUCAAUUGGAAUGCCGGAAGUGUUGAUGAGAUUGUCGAAUUUUUGAGCGCUCCACUCUGGACCGACAGGAUCUGGAAAGACUGGAGUGAAGACCAAAAGGCUAGAUGGAAGGUUGAGAUAGUCAAGCAAAUGUCUGAAGAGGAAAAGGCUACGGCUAGCAUCAAAAUGGUCGGCUGGCUAGUCUGGUUCAACUAA